GAAAAAGAUAUCGAAAAGAAAAGGCAUAAUAGCUUUGUAAAAUGCAGUUCUCGACGAUUUUCAAGCUGCAAAAUGAUUUGUACGAAUUGUGUAUUUGCCCAAUCAUAGGUAGAGCAACAGCAAGAAAUCUGCAAGGAUAGGUUCAAGUUCGUACCAACAAGUACGUACCGUUUUGACAUUUAUUGGUCUCUUUGUGACAUGUUGUGCGACGCUCCAGUUAUCCAAUCGGUUAUCUACAUACAUAUAUGUGCAUACACGUAUAUAGUAUAUAUCUAAGUAUACAUGAAUAUUUGAUAGAGAAUGUAAGGAAUAAAUGGGGUGAUGCACGGAAGAGACACGAAACAGGCUGAGAAGAAUUGCCGAGGAGGUCGACUUAUCGUGAUCGGCUCAUUGCGAAUUGCGAUUUUCGUUUAUACUCGUGUAAACUGAUAGACGCGAUAUCGAGAAAGAUAUUACCGAAUCACGCGACGUUGCGGCGCGGGACGUUCUUGUAUUUUCUUUGUUCUCCUCUUUAAGGUCUGUGAUAUUCGACCGCGUGCCCGCCAUACCAUAUCUCCCGUUCUACACCUAACCUGCAUUUUCUGCUCUUUUUCGCCUUAUAUUUUUUCCAUCUUUCGGUAAGUUAAUUGACGUUAUUAUUAUUAUCUUUAUUUCUAUUUUUCAAUCUGUCAAUUGCGUUAUAUUACUUUAUGUAUGUUUUAUUCUUUUUUACAAUCGUCAUUAUUAUUCCUUCUCUAUCUCUCUCUCUGCUAACUAUUUUUAUAUCUUUUCCCUUUAAACUCUUGGUCCUUUUAUUAAUUCCUCACGUAUUACAUAUUUACCUUUUACUUCUAAGUAUUAUAGUUUGAGAAGGCUUAAGAAAGCAGGGAUAUUUCGCAUGAAAAAGUGAAUUAAUUUUCAUCGUUUAGAUUUUCUCGUUAAAAGGAAAAGAUCGUUUCUAACGAAGACGAGAGACUCGUACAGUAUGAAUAAUAAAGAGGACGAUGAAGAUGCGAAAUUAGAAGGUUGUUUAAAGCUAAACGUCUGUUCUGGCAAAAGGAACAUGUUCGAGGAAUACUCUAAGAUCUUUCGUAUCUUAUUAGCAAAUUGGAAAGAAAAUUACAGUCAACUUCGCAACGAUGAAUUUAACGAAAACUUAGAAGACCUGAUUUUACCGAGCAACGAAGAGUGGCGUUACCGAGUCUAUUAUCGACUGGUUGAACUGCAAAGAGAAUGCGACGAUUUUAUAAAAAGAAGGGUCGAGGAAACCGGAUUGGGCACGGAAGUGGAAACGAAGUUGGAAGCGGAAAGGAAUCGAAAGAAGAACGAUUGGGAAUGGGAGCCAAAGAAGCUUGGACACAGUUUGACGAUAGUUGAGCCUAGAAAAUAUGGAAGAGAAGAAUCGAAGGGAGGAUCGUUGAUGAGCGUCGAUAGGAUCAGUGGUUCGAUGAUAGAAACAUGCGUUCAACCAGGUUGGCGCGUUAACGAUAUUCUGUUAGCCGCGAAAGUUCUUCGGAAGGUUCAACCUUCUCCUAUAUACUCGGACGAGGCUGAGAUGCGUCGUGUGUUUGGACUCGUCUACGACGUUCUCAGAUACAAAAAGAUAUUCGUUCGUGCCUUGGAGGAUAUAGGAUUUUGGCAGCACAACAACGCGAUCAAGGAUCGAGAAAAGAUCGUUUGGUUGUUGCUGUACGAUUUACAAGGAAGAAAAUUUGCGAAGCCACAGUUCGAGAUCGCCAAUUCCGAAGAACGCGAGGAGAUCUUUGAGGCUGCUGGCUUAGCGGAUGUCGAGAACGCUCUUCUGAAUGUGAAGACUCGUCUCGCGGCAAGUAUUUCCAGGCUACGGAUCCGCGGCUCUGCCCUCAACCUCGAUGAAUUAUUGCCGAGCCGAUUGCGCGUCAUCGAAGGCGUCGCUUGGGGUGUACAAGCUAGGAUCGCUUCCGGAUGGAUAAACAGCAUGAAAAUCGUCAACAAGACAGAAUUUCUGGAGGAAAUGUCGGCAUUGAAAUUGACCUAUUGCGAAAGCAAAGGAGCGAAGGUAGAACUUGAAGAGAAUGAGUAUGCGUUCGAUCCGAUUUGCCCGAAGAUGGUUCAUUUACACGAAAGCAUGCGGGAAACGCUGGCUGUUUCCAGUAUCGUUCGUGAUCACCGUUUCGUAUUUCUGGAAAGAUCAUUGUGUAUUGGCGCGGCAGCGUUGGUACAGGCGAUUCGCGUCGGUCGGGUCUACGGCCCGGUCAUUUUAACGCAUUCCCUUGCGCCUCGACACACUGGAUAUCUGGCUGGGCUUUUGGCCGAUAUCGAGCACGCUGGUAAACUGCUGGCCUUUGGAGCUGGCGAUCGUCGUUGCGAGUACGAGACUUACCUGAAAAACCUCGGCAUCACCUUGCAACGGUGUCGCGUCUUCUCCGAAAGGUACGCGUCUCAUCCGACGACGAGCGAAUCAGAGAGAGCCACCGUAGUGUUAGCGGUGCCAUCAUGUACCUACACAGGGGUCAGAGAUAUCGUCGAUCUCGCAGUGGCACGAGGUGGAGACGUGGAUCUUCUGGAAUCGUUAACAGAUGGCUACACUAACAGCCUUCGCGACGACAUUGACGACGACUACGAACGACAGGAUAACAAUUGCGAGGACCAAAAGAAUUAUAACGAUCAUGAACAGUGGCGUACUUUCUUGACCGAUCAAAUGUCCACUUUGAAAUAUACUUUGACCAGGCCGAAUGUACAAUUUGUCGUAUACGAAGUGCACACGAUUUUACCCUCAGAGACAACGGAGAUGGUUCGGCAAGUGGUAGACUGCGUUAAUCGGAUGGCCAUGGAGAAGUACAUUCGCGAACAUCCGAGGAAAGCGCAGAAGGAAUCGUCGAAAUCGGUCAAGAUGGACGAGGAAAUGCGCAAAGACGAUCAUGCUUCGACACAGUCCGCGAACAUUACCAUCCCAGACAGCGAUCUGUUCGAAGUGAGCAGCAUCGACGAUAUUUACGGAGAGAACGUUAGUGAUAUGUUAAAUCCAGGAUGCUUUCUCGUGGUAAUAAAACGAAAAGAAAUGGUGCAAUUCGACUCGCUGUUUAUGAUCAAAGUAGCAGAAUCGAAGGGUUUGUUCGGCGAUCCGAAAGCGCAACAGCCAUCGAAGCAGGAGUCCGUCAUCGAUCAGUCGAUUCGACAAUCCUUGCAGUCAGGCGCACAAAAACGAGCAAAGCGUGUCAAGGUGGAGAUCGAGCGUAUAAUGGCACAUACGUACUCCUCAUUAUCGAAAAGCGUACAAGAAAAUCAGAUUUGUCCACGGCACAAACGAUGCGCCAGUUGGGAGGAAACGACUGGAUUGCAGGUAUUCGAAAAUGCAAAGUUGGACGUUAAAACGUGGCGAAAGCAAAAGAAUAGCGUGAAUCCUUCGAGCACACCUCUGUACGCAACUUCGUCACGGAAAAAGGAAUUAGAAGCGAUACGCUCGAUCUUUUCACCGCAAUCCGAAUUCAAAGCGUCCAUGUUGCAUACAGAGCCGAAGCAAAAGAGAUCUUUGUCCACAUUGACCAAUUCGCUCAACAUCGAAUCUCUGCCCCGCGAGGAGUGGAGCCGUGCUACUUCGUCGAUUUUGAGGUCACCGAUUGUUGCUAGAGCGGCGCGUCUUAUUCGUCUGGAGGAUUCGAUCGAUAGCGAGAAUUACGAGGAAGAGAAGAAGCAGACGCGAUCAAAGACAGGCCACCGAUACUGGGCAUCGAGGAAGACGUCUCGACUAUUACAUCCUGUCGGUUCACCAUCCAAUGCGUACAACUCGCUCUUUGAUAUCGUUUAAAAUAAUUACGCUUACCUAUGUUCGAGACGUUGUUCGCUCGAAGAUAUAUCGUUCCCGAUCUUUUUUCGAAUUUCUAGCUAUUUAAAAUCAAGAUUGUACGAAAAUAUCCAACAUGAAAUGUUCAAAGAAGACCGGUUGCGGUCAAACAUACAAAAUAAAUCAAUUAUUCGCAGUAUUGAAAGUUUAAUAAAGUAAUGGUUCCGUAUAUUAUACAUAUUAUAUUUAUCGGUGACGAUAAUCUCUUUAGAUAUUCUGAAUAUGACAAAUCAAAUGGAAAAUUUCGCAGUAUGGAAAUAAAAGAAGUUAGAAGAAUAGCGUGCGGCGUGCUGUUACACGAAUGACGAGAAAGGAGAGAAAGUUGACAGCAGACAGAGUUUCGUUUUCGUUCGGAGUCUGUUAGCGCAUAAUUUAUACAUACGAUAUAAUGUAUAAAUGACAUAUGUAAUGUUGGUUGCUAUGAGAUUCAUGGUAUUUAUGAAAUCUAUGGGAAUGGAACUGAAGGACGUAAAUGUGGAUAUAUGAACUAUGCAUUUGUACGUUUGGAUGCGAGUUAAGGAAAUUGCCACCAGUGAAUAGUCUUCUAGCGUCGAAUACGGCUGAAAAGGUGUUGCAAAUGUGAUUUCGAAAGUAACCUGUUUGGAAAAAUGAAACUGAAACAGAAGAAGUACCAAUAAAAGGAAAAGUUACAAUUA